CUGUCCGCCAAUCGAGGUGCAGCUGCAAUGGGGUCGCCGUUGCCGCACGUCGCCGUGGUGGCUUUUCCCUUCACCUCCCACGCCCCGAAGGUCCUGAUGGUGGCGCGCGCUCUCGCCACCGCGGCGCCUUCCGCCACCUUCUCCUUCAUUUCCACCACCGACUCCCUGGCGCGGCUCCCCACCGGCGCCGGCGCUGCCCCGUCGAACCUGCGCUUCGUGGAGGCGCCGUCAGGGGGAGGGGAUGGCCCGGGGAUCCCAUCGUGGCGCCGGAUGGAACUCUUCCUCGACGCCGCAGAGGAUGGUGGGCUUCGGCAGGCGCUUGAAACAGCCCGCGCCGCGGCUGGCGGCGCCGCCGUGACCUGCGUCGUCGGGGACGCCUUCAUGUCCAUGGCCGCGGACGCCGGGGUGCCCUGGGUCGCGGUCUGGACGGGAGGCCCGUGCGCGCUCCUGGCGCACGUCAUCGGCGACACCAUCCGCAAGGACAUCGGCGACCACGCGGCGAGCCGGGCCGAUGAGCCUCUGGCCUCGUACCCUGGCCUCGGGAUGUACCGCGUCCGCGACCUCCCCUUCGGGGACGCCGGCGCCGGCGGCGACAUGUAUCGCGUCAUGACGACCCUCCUCGGCCGCGUGGCGGAGCGCGUACCCCGCGCCGCCACCGCCGUCGCGCUCAACGCCUUCCCGGGCCUCUUCCCGGAGGACGUGUCGGCGGCCCUCGCCGACGCGCUCCCCAACUGCCUUCCCAUGGGGCCCUACCACCUCCUCCCCGGCGCCGCCGCCGCCGCCGCCGCGCUAGCAGACGACGGCGACCGCCACGGCUGUCUUGCCUGGCUCGCCCGGCGCGACGCGGGCACCGUCGCGUACGUCAGCUUCGGCACGGUCGCCGCGCUGCCACCGGACGAGCUCCGCGAGCUGGCCUCCGGGCUCGAGGACAGCGGCGCGCCGUUCCUGUGGUCGCUGCGGGAGGACGCGUGGGCGCUGCUGCCUCCGGAGUUCCUGGAGCGAGCCAAGGCCGCAGCCGACUCCAGGCUCAUCGUGCCGUGGGCGCCGCAGGCCGCCGUGCUGCGGCACCCGGCCGUGGGCGCGUUCGUCACGCACUCCGGCUGGGGGUCCGUCGUCGAGGGCAUGGCCGGCGGCGUGCCCAUGGCCUGCCGCCCAUUCUUCGGCGACCAGCUGAUGAAUGCGCGUGCGGUGGCGCGCCUGUGGUGCUUCGGCACGGCGUUCGACGAGGACAAGCCGAUGACGAGGGGUGGCGUGGCGGCGGCGGUGGCGUCACUGCUGACAGGGGAGGAAGGGGCACGGAUGAGGGCUACAGCGCGGGACCUGCAAGCCAGGGUGGUCAAGGCCUUCGGGCCUGACGGUGGAUCCGUCAACAACUUCCACAAAUUUGUCGACACUUGCCUGACUGUAGGGAGAGACAUGCACUUGAACGCCCGUGGUAAUCAUCCAAUGUGAAACACUAAAAUAAAUCUACUAGAGCAUGGACAGAUCUCCAACAUAUUGGACCUCUCUCAUCUUUUUGUUUUACAUAUUUUUAGUUCAAAAUAAAUUAACAGAUCAUAAACAUUCUGUAACAGAGAUAGUAACACGUUAUUGCCUAGCAAUAUCUAAGAUUACUUUUUUUCACAAUAAAUACAGUGGCGCCCAUUGUUUGUUGCU